CUGGAGGUGAAUUUAUUAAAGAAAUUAAAAUGAUAUCAGCGCAGUAUGGAAUCAUUGGCAAGAUUGGCCAGAACGACGAUGAUAUCUUGAAAAGUUUGCAACAAUUACUGUGCUGUAGGGUUGAUCAACAAGUGGUUUCUCGUCUCCAAAGUAAAUUAGCUAUUCGUAGAAAUAGAUUUGAAUCAAUAAGUUUCAAGUGUCUUUUGGCCAACGGAUUCCCGAUUUGUGCUAUUAUUACUAUAGAUGUUACUGAUAUCAGUGAAACUUCAGGAACUGAUUAUUUUAAUAGAAUUGAGAUUAACAGUAAU